AAAAGCAUUAGGUCACAAAAAAUGGUUACUCUGUAUGAAAGGAUUGGAACAGUGGUGUCUCUCAAGGGGCUUAGUUCUCUGCUGGUGCUAUAGAGUCCUGUGAAAUCUCAGUCUAACUGGUGUUGUUUUCUUUUCUUGGCCAUUUAGAUCUGCAGCCAGCAUUUGAUAGCCAGUGUAGCAUUUAUCACUGUGUGAGUUGUGCAUUUAGGUUUCAGCAAAGGUCAUUAUGCACUGCCACGGGGCCAGCUUUCAGAGAUAAAUGCUAGCAGCCAAAGUGAAUCUAUACUGCAUGUCAGAGCACACCUAGAAGCCAAAAUGCCAAAUUAUAUCCCUGCUUUAGUUACCUCUGAAAGACAGCCCUUCCCAUCAGUUCUAUUUCCCGUCAGUUCACCAACAGCCUAUUAAGGCCCAUGCAGAGAGGUGCCGUCCUGUUGACACACAGUGAGCACAGUCAUGUUAGCAUAUGUGUGCAAACAUGAGGUCUCUUGUGCUGAUGCUGACACGCUGCAAAUUGGCUGCUUGUGAUUCAUUACAGAACUGAAACAUAGCUGUAUAUGUUUGCCUUGGCAGAAACUGUAGUAUACUGUAAUUUACAGGGCCAGAAUGACAGCGAGUAAAUUCUGUUUUGAAGGAUCACAGAGACUUUACCAAACUUUAAAAAAAGCUACUCUUUCUUCUGAGCAUCCAUUAUUUGGAGGUAAAGGGCUUGUUGUACUAUUCCUCUCAUUGUUCCUGUGUAACACAUGAACACUAAGUUUCUUCAGAGAUGUGCUUGCAUCUGGUCUGGUUCCUGAUCCUUAAACUCCUCACAGAAAGUGUUAGACUAAGAAAACAAGGGAGAUAACAGCACUCUUUAGCAGAAGGCUCACACUAACUGCAUUUGACUUCUACAUAUUCUGUGCUGCUCAGUGGUAUCUCCUUUACUUGUCCUCAAUGAUCUGUAGCUUAGUCUGUUGAUGACAGGUCAGAUCAAAGUCUCCUAGAAGAAUGUGUAAGUGCUUCAGCGGGCUUAUAAGAGGACUCAGCUGAGGGAAUAGGAUGAAAUUGUUGCUGGAGGAAGUGAUGAAUGUUUCUGACAUUUAGCAUGAGGUGCAAGAGCCAGGGCUGCCAUCUUUAGUCUCUGAAAAAAACAGUACUUUGUUGUAAGAGUGCUGACCUGGAGACCAUCAGUAUCUGAGUUGUUCUGUUUUCUCAGAAAAGAAGGGGAGAUUGAAGAAAUGGAGUAGGGUGAAGCUGAUGGCAACACGUUUGAGAAGUGUUUAGUGUUGCAUUUGAGACAUGGGUGGCAAGGGCUAGCAGAGAUUUGUUUCCCUCAGCCUUUCAUCUCCACAUGUUUCUUCACUGGAAUAUGUCUGCUCAUCAGGUUACUCUCUUCAAGAUGCUGCAUUUGUGAGAAGUGAUUGCUUCAUCUUUUGCCACAUGGCCAGUCCUGGUUUCUGAAACUGUAGGAGUUGAGACAGACAAUGGGAGGCAGCACAGCUGACUGUGUCAAGAAGACAGUGUUCCCUCUUGCAGUUAUGGCUUGCAUCACCUUUCUGCAUUUUUGGUUGAAGUGGUGGUGCAGGUUGGAAGGUGUGAAUCUCUAAUAGCAUCAUUAUUAGUACAAAACGUGGCAAGAUUUUUAGUUGUAUAAAAACAAUCCUUGUGCAUUUCUGUGAAAACUAAGCCUCAGGCCUCGUCACACAGCCUCUCACUUGUGUGCAUGUGAGGAAAAUGCUCAGAAGGCUUCUUUACCUAGCACCAGAGUGCUGCUCUUCGCUGUUAGGUCAGUUUUUCAGCCUGCAAGUGUUAUUAUUGCACCUACAAAAGGACAAGCGCUCUGUCUUUGGAGCAAAGAAGACAAGUAACCUUUUCUAUCUGGCCCAUUCUGUUUUGGGAAGGUUGGAGGCUGGUGCAUGAAGCAGAAACACAUUGGGUAGUUCUACAGUGCAGAAAGUGGCUUCUCUGUUGCUGUGUCCGGGAUGUGCACAUGGAUUUAUAUUCCCCUCUCUCUUGGUAGCUUGCAGUCUUGCAGACACUCCCCUUUGGUCUCCAGGUGUAUUGCUGACAGCAAGUUUCACUCUUGCAAUGUCAGUCAUGGUGCAGAUCGCACAGUUCUGAAAUCCCAUUAGUCUGUACCCUUCUGUUGUUUCCUGGAAUAAGUUUCAGUUGAGGCAAGGAUGUGCUAAGAAUGGGUCGCUGUACUGGAGGCCUGGGCCUGAGCACUGUUACUCAGUCCCUCAGAUGGGUGAUCAAACCCUUGCUUUGAAAAAUUGCUGCAGUAGUGCUGCUGGUGAUUCAUUCUGCACAAUAAUUAUUCUUUGAGUGAGUCUUUUGCGUGGUUUAAGGGAUUGUGGAGAUGCAGAGGCUUACUCUUAACUUUCUUGUUUCAUGCCCAAACAUGUCCAGAGACAUCUGUGUCAGCAUCGGUGAGGAGCUUACAUAGGACUAGGAAUACAAAUUGGGUUUGGAUUUGUUUCAGUAAAGUUCCCAUCUCCAGCUGAUGCUCUAUGCUGCUUCCACAAGGUUUUCAGAUUCUGCAAGAUUUCCUGGGGAGACUUUUUUUAAGAAAUUGAUUGUGGUAGCCACAUUGUUCCUUUGAGGACCAUGAGUUUCUUCAAAUUGGUUGCAAAUCACAUCGGUUAGGUUGUACUAUCCCACAGUAGGACUUCCUUCUGUCUGUAGGUUUAAGUUUCAUAUUUGCUGUCACUGCUUUUAUCCUAGAUAGUCUGUUUGUCCAGCUCCCUUAGGGAAGGGAGCUCUGAGUUCCUGAUGCAGUCUGAGGCUAUGUUUACAGAUGUCACGUGAAUUAAUGUGCCCUGUGGGUUUUAACACCUGCAUCCACAGUGUAAUUGGAGAUGACAGGAUCUCAGCAGGCCUGACAAUGUGACUUGCUUUUACACUUGAUGCCUGUUUCAGAGUUCUGGGAGGGGGUUCAUUUUUAGAAGCAUUGCUUUCAUCUUUGUUUUUGACAUUCUGAGAAAAGUUGUGUGGUCUAGUCCAAAUACCCAGGAGGAAAGAAGGGACCUGGGACAGUGGUUUUCUAUCUCUUCAUGGUGAGCACUAGAGUGUGUGAGGCAUGCCCCUGCUUGCCUGAUGCUCUUGUAUCUGAACUGCUUCAGAGCUUUCUGUCACCUCCUGUCUUUCAGGGACUGAAAGGCUUCCAGUCCUGAGCUUAGUCAUUCAAACUAGUACAGGCCUUUCCCAUAGUUGCUUUUUAAAUCAGUUAAUCUCUUUAGCUUGCAUUGGUAAAUCACUGAGUUAAGAUCAAGUGACGUUCAAUCAGCUUAGGGGUAUUUACAUUAGCAAUUUACAUCAGUUUCACUGAAUCUGUGCAAUCUGCUGAGUAGGGUCCUUUCUGUGCAGGUGGGGCUUUUUGGAAAAAGUGGUUGGAUUUGCUUUCCAGUUUCAGGUUCCGUAGUGGACUUAGGGCUCUACUAACUGUAAUGAAGAUGCUUUUCAGUAUGGUUCCUAGGUUCCACAAAAGAGUGUCCUCAGAAGGCUGGUGAAUCUGUUUCCUGAGAAUGGCAUCAUGGCCAUUUCCCAUAGGGAGGAUGCUGGCUUUCAGUUUCUUACUGUAGGUACUUCCUGACUUUCAGUAGUAGAGAAAAACUAAGGACUUUGAAGAUAGAUGCCUGUGGCCCCUUGCUUGGCAGAAACAAUGCUGCAGCGAUGAGAUUAUAGUGAGCCCUUCCUGUGAGGCUUCCAUGGGUCCCACUCAACUCAGCACACAGGAUCAUGGGAAGAGGGUGGCAAGUGUAUUUGAAAUGGAGGAGGAAGGGCUUGCACUCUUCCCUGGCUCAGAGAACCCCCCUGAGCAUGCAGAAAAUCCCCCCUUGAAGCGGAAGAAGGGCCCAGCCCCUAAGAUGCUGGGAAAUGAAGUGUGCAGCGUGUGUGGGGACAAGGCCUCUGGCUUCCACUACAACGUGCUGAGCUGCGAAGGCUGCAAGGGCUUCUUCCGCCGCAGCGUCAUCAAGGGCGCGCAGUACGCCUGCAAGAACGGCGGCAAGUGCGAGAUGGACAUGUACAUGCGCCGCAAGUGCCAGGAGUGCCGGCUGCGCAAGUGCCAGGAGGCCGGCAUGCGGGAGCAGUAUGUUCUGUCUGAAGAACAGAUCCGACUGAAGAAACUGAAGAAGCAGGAAGACGAUCAGGCUCGGACAGUUGUGGUGCGUCCCAACCCUCCAAAUCCGCCAAGCCCUUCCCACAAACUGACGCCGGAGCAGCUGAGCAUGAUAAAAAAGCUCGUGGCCGCUCAGCAGCAGUGCAACCAGCGCUCCUUCACAGACAGGCUCAAAGUGACGCCAUGGCCCCAGAUUCCUGAUCCAAAUAACCGUGAAGCAAGGCAGCAGCGUUUUGCUCACUUCACAGAACUUGCAAUUAUCUCUGUGCAAGAGAUCGUGGACUUUGCCAAGCAAUUACCUGGCUUCCUGGAGCUCACCAGGGAAGAUCAGAUCGCUUUACUGAAGACAUCUACCAUAGAGGUGAUGUUGUUGGAGACAUCUCGGCGUUACAAUCCAGAGAUUGAGAGCAUCACCUUUCUUAAGGACCUGAGCUAUAAUCGGGAUGACUUCGCCAAAGCAGGUCUGCAGUUUGAGUUCAUAAACCCCAUCUUUGAGUUCUCAAAGGGAAUGAAUGAGCUACAGCUUAAUGAUGCUGAAUAUGCACUUUUAAUUGCCAUCAAUAUUUUCUCUGCAGACCGACCGAAUGUGCAGGACCAGUCCCUGGUGGAGAGGCUGCAGCACACCUAUGUGGAAGCACUUCAUUCUUACAUUUGCAUCAACAGACCAAAUGACCGUUUGAUGUUUCCACGGAUGUUAAUGAAGCUGGUCAGUCUUCGGACACUGAGCAGUGUCCACUCUGAACAGGUGUUUGCCCUUCGGCUGCAGGACAAGAAACUCCCGCCCCUGCUCUCAGAAAUCUGGGAUGUGCAUGAGUGACUGCAUGCUCCCAGGGCGCUGACAUGCUGACAUAAUGCCAUCUCCCAGCCUUUGCUAACGAGAAGCCAGCCUCCCCUCUCCAAAGCACUGAACCCUGGGCUGGGCAUGCAGGGAGUGAUGAGCCUGGGGUUUCAGUGUUGUCAUGAGACUAUGCAGGAGGCAGCUGGGCUAGAUAAGAUGGAGGGGUUGGUUUCGAUGUAGUGCUUGUACCCCAAAGGAAUAACAUGAAACAUUCGAAAACGGUAGAAAUGAAGACCUUUCCCCAUGCCCCUCAACUCCUUUUUCUUCAGAAUCUUUCUCUUCUCUAAGCAUAUGCUGAGGGUUUGCCCCAUUGAUCCUCUUCUUGCUGAUUAUGAAAAUGAAUUUGCAGGAACUUGCCAAAAGCUCUCUGUUGAGAGUAACCCAGCUCAAAAGGCUUCUGCAGGGUCCCCAGUGUACCUGGAUCUGAGGAGCUCAGGGAAGUCAGUGUGGAUGUUCUAGGGGUUUCACUGGGUUUCCUAUAAAUAAAAUCUCUUGAAUGUGCUGCCCUUUACCAUGAUUCCAAGAGAAGUAGCUUUUAUUUCUUUAUUAUGAGACUGCAUCUCUAGAGCUGCCCUUUAUUCUGGCCCUCCUUUGGAAAAAGGAUUCCUGUAAUAUGUAGUGCCCUUUGUCUAACAAGGAGGUCCUCUGGGUAGGGAACAUUGUGUAUGAAAAAGAUGUCAGGCAUAAAGUAGUGGAUUUUUUUUCAUGUAAUGCAUCACAGUUUUAUCUCAUGGUGGUUCUCAGACAGCUCAAUUUACCUUUGAUUUGCUAACAGCUGGACAACUUUAGUUCAAAACAAAUCAGGGCAUAGAUUUUAUCUUUAGGGGUGGAAUAGAAGGAAGAUAGGUGGGUAGGCCUCAUACCUAGGUAAGGUGGCUGUGGUGGAAGGAUCUCAAAAACUUCCAAGAAUCUGGAGCAUGUGGCAUGUGUUCCAAGGUGGGUGUGAGGAUGUAUUGACCAAGGAGAGAGGACACAUUUCAUUUAGUGAAAUAUGUGGGCAUUGCAUAAGCUGUGGGCUGCACAACUCAGAUCACAGGCUGCAAGAAUAUUGGGUGUAAUCAGAUCCACUUGCAUCGUCUUCCUAUUGCCAAAGUCUUUCCAAGGUACUUGCUCAAGAUUUCAGUGGUGAUCACGGGAUAUGGAGGUCCCUCCUGUAUGAGGAGUGCCAACUCCUUCAGAAGGACACUUGGGUCUUGUAUCCUUUUUUCACUUUGGGCAUUGUGAGAUCCACACUGGAUUUAUGGCCCAAGUUUUGAGUAUCCACAUCCAUAAGUAUUCUAGGAUUUAAAGCAAUAUUUUGUCUGGCGGAAUAGAAAUAUACUGUUAUAAAACAUGUUCCUUAUUUUCCAUGAAAAAACAUCUUAUGGCUGAUCUCAGAGAUGUAACCUUAAAUAUUCUGGUAGCUUGGUCUCAUGAGUCUUCUCUGUCAUAGGGGUUUAUGUUUGCUUGCCCGGUGAGCAUCCCAAGAGCAUAGGUUCACAUGGCUCGGGGUUUUUUUGUCUGUCUGUUUUUUGGUUCGUUUGUUGUUUUUUUUGGCUGUGUAUCUGAACGCUAUGCCCGUGGUGAGGGUAUCGUGUCCAUUUUGCACUUGAGGUUGGUCCCCUGCCACUGGCCUUCACUCUGCACCUUUGUAAAGCACUUGUAACAAUCUGUAAAAUAAUCUGUUGUUUUUUAUAACUCAUUGCAAUUGCAAAAAUUCUUGUUUAAAUCUGUAUUUUUAACUAAUCUGUUUGAGAAAUGUUAAUGUUUAUAUAAAAGAAUAAAGCCUAAUACAGGA